CCCUGCCUCCACCCCCGCUUUUGCGUGGUAUCUUUCCGUUUGUUCUUUCAAAAACUUUUUGUCUCUCUCCUCCUUUCAGCGCGGUGUCCAGCUUUUUGUUCUCGAAAAGCCGCGCUGGUGGUGAAUCGGCGGGACGAGGACGACUACCGGUAGCGGUGCGUGGGUUCGGUGGGGGGAGAGGCAGUGCAGGCGCGCAGGCGCGCAGGCAGGCAGGCAUGCAGGCAAAAGCAUUUCGGGGUUUGCAGUCGGAGGAGCGGGCGAAAAAAAAAGAAGCGGAGUAAUCGUCCCGCCAGCCAGGAGGGACGAAAGGGAGGGGGCAAGGUAAAAGGGAGAAGAAGGGUAAGACAAUCAUCGUCAGUCAGCCGGCGCGCGAAACGCGAAGUGCAAAGCGCAGGGAAAGGAAGACGACGACGACCACUGAACCACAGUGCAGCGCGCUGCUCUGCCAGGACCGUGUUAAUAAUAAGAGUCCCUCCUCCGCUGUUCAGAGCCCUUUGAGUAUUGAGUACGAGAGAGAGCGGCUAAUAAGGAAAAACGAAGGUAGAGCAGGCGGUGCUGUCUCUGUGGGAGAACGCGCAGAGUGUAUCGCGGAGAGGAGGUGAAGAAGAAGAGGAAGCCGACGAACGUCCUGCUCCCGAGGUGUCACCAUCGACAAAUCAGGCUUGGCGCGCAGCGGGCAGUAAUCAGUGCUCUUCCUCCAACUCUGAGUGGUAAAAGACAAAAUCAUUGUUCUUUGCUUUUCCAUUUCUUUUGUCGUGGGCAUGCGCACUGGAAUGCUGUACGCUCAGCGAUCUGAAAACCGCCGAGAGCGCCUGCUCCUCUCCCGCACCACUCGGCGCUCUGUCUACCCGGCGCUCUUCGUCUCCUCUUCUCUUCUGUUGUCUCUGAUCUCCGAAGUCACUGCUGCUGAAAAGCGUCGAGAAGAGGGACAAGACAUGGAGGGGGAGAAGGGGCUGAAGGAGGAGGAAGUGAAAGAGGAGAAAGAGGCGGAGGAAGGGAAGGAGGAGGGGGGGAAGGGGGAGAAGGGGGAGCAGUUGAAGGAAGACAAGGAGCUGGAAAUGGAGGAGCAGGGUGAUCGGGGCUCUUGUCCUUCAAGCGCAGGACUAGUGGAUGUGGAGAAGGAGCCUGACGCAGAUGAUGACGAUGGUGAACGUGAUGAUGACUUGACUGAUUCUGAAGGUGGGGAUUCAAUCGUACUAAAAGAUGAUUCCCAAUCGAAUCUUGCUGGAGGAGCGUAUCUCGGCAGAGUCGAAGAGUUGAUUGAUAGUGAGGAGGAAGAGGAGGAGGAGGAGGAGGUAGCGGAACGAUCGAAGCCAAUGAUGGAGGAGGCCGAUGUGGAUGAAGGCGAGGAGUCGAAAUGUUCGCAGAUGGAUUUUGAGCUCGGAGGAGUAAUUGUUCAAUCGCCUGAAAAAAUGUUUGCGCGGGACAAGGAGGCAUCCCUCAGAGACUUCCGCGAGGUCAGUUACGGAGGAAAUGCAGACACCGGCAUAGAGCCGAGUCAGCGAGCUUCGUUUGAUAACUACGCGUGGAAGAAGAUGGCAAUUGAUCAGGGAAAAGUGUUCACUCCCAACGCGCUGGGCUCAUCGCCGAUUGCUGUAGCGAAUGGGAAGCCGGAGCUGAUGGCGGUGGAAGAAGAAUGGCAGCAAAUGGAUUCGCCGAAUGCAAAGGAUGCAGUCCCUUCACAGGAGGAUGGGAGAGCGGCGGAAGAGGAAGACACACAGGAAGCUCCAGAUGGGGGAAUGACCGCCUCCUCUGAUACUACUGGCUCUGGAAGUAAAAAGGUCUCUUUUGCUUCGCUUGUAGCGAAGCAAAAGCCAGAAACGAUGUAUGCACUUGUCAAGGCCGUUAUUUGGCUCCGGAAGGCAGCAGAGCAAGGAGAUGAGGUGGCACAGAACAAAAUGGGAAUCUGUUACGAGCAUGGGGAAGGUGUGGGUCAAGACCUUCCAAAAGCUGCAGAGUGGUAUCGCCGAGCUGCAGAGCAAGGCAGUGCAGAUGGUCAGUUCAAUCUUGGAUACCUUUAUUUCCAUGGCAGGGGGGUUGAAAAGGACGAGGUGGAAGCGGUCAAAUGGUAUAGAAUGGCGGCAGAUAAGGGCUAUGCAAGGGCGCAGACGAAUCUCGGCUUCUGCUACGAGGGAGGAGCAGGGCUGCCAAAAGAUGAGGAGGAAGCCGUCAGAUGGUAUGAGAAGGCCGCAGCGCAAGGAUAUGCUCCAGCGCAACACAAUAUGGGAUGGUGCUAUGGCAAAGGAAUCGGCGUUGCGCAGGACUAUGCAAAUGCUGUGAAAUGGUACAAAAUGGCGGCUGAGCAAGGUUUUGCGGGAUCGCAGACGAAUCUUGGAAUGUGCUAUCGUGAUGGCCAAGGCGUGGAGAAGGACCUCGCUAUAGCAGAAGAAUGGUUCCGGAAAGCAGCUGAUAAGGGGUUCAAGGGAGGUCAGCGGAACUUGGGCUUCUUGCUAUUCGAAAAAGGAAAAGAGGAUGAAGAGCUCAUCAAGGAAGCCAUCGAAUGGCUCAGGAAGGCUGCGGACCAGGGAGAUGCGUUGGCACAGAACAAGUUGGGUGCGUGCUAUGCCCAUGGAGAAGGUGUUGAGAAGGAUGAAAUGCAAGCGGCCGAAUGGUAUAGGAAAGCUGCACUCCAAGGAAAUGCAGAAACGCAAUGCAACCUUGGAUACCUCUAUUUCCACGGACGGGGUGUGCCAAAAGAUGAGAAGGAAGCCGUGAAAUGGUACAUGGAAUCUGCAGCCCAAGGCAAUGCGCGCGCGCAGACCCAUCUUGGCUACUGCUUUGAGAAGGGGGCUGGUGUGGAGAAGGAUGACAACCUGGCAGUCAGCUGGUACCUGAAGGCUGCAGAGCAGGGCUUUGUCCAGGCUGAACACAAUAUGGGGUUGUGUUACGAAAGGGGCACAGGAGUGGAGGUCAACUACCAGGAGGCGGUGAAAUGGUAUGUGAAAGCAGCCAAGCAAGGGUUUGCCGACUCACAGAGCAACCUCGGAAUGUGUUAUCGGGAUGGUCUGGGAGUGGACAAGGAAUUGGAGCAGGCCGAGGAAUGGUUCAGACGCGCGGCUGAACAGGGUCUGAAGGGUGCGCAACGGAAUUUGGGCUUCUUGCUAUAUGAGAAGGCGAAGAGCAGCGGCGAUGAGAGUGGCCUGCAGCAGGCUGUCAAUUGGCUGGUGAAGGCUGCAGAACAGGGCGAUGCUUUGGCUCAAAACCAACUGGGAGUGUGUUACGCCAAAUCUGAGGGUGUGGAUAGGAGGGACGAAUCUGUGGGGGCAAGCUGGUAUCAGAAAUCGGCUGAGCAGGGUAACGCAGAUGCCCAAUGCAAUCUCGGGUACGCCUAUUUCCAUGGGACGGGGGUUCCUAAGGAUGAGGCUGAGGGGGUGAAAUGGUACAGGCUUGCAGCGGCGCAGGGGCAUGCUAGAGCACAAACGCAUCUCGGCUUUUGCUACGAGAAGGGCUUCGGGGUUGUCAAGGACGACAAGGAAGCGAUCGAGUGGUACAAGAAAGCGGCGGAUCAUGGGUAUGCUCAGGCUCUCCAUAAUAUGGGAUGGUGCUACGAGAAGGGGAUUGGCGUUGAACAAAAUUAUGCGACGGCUGCAGAGAUGUAUAAAAAGGCAGCAGAACUCGGGUUUGCAGAUUCACAAAGCAAUUUGGGCAUGUGCUAUCGUGAUGGACGGGGCGUCGAAAAGGACCUUGUGCAGGCCGAGGAAUGGUUCCACCAGGCUGCUGAGCAGGGUCUGAAAGGAGGGCAAAGAAAUCUGGCCUUCCUGCUCUAUGAGAAAGCAAAAGGCAAUAAAUUUGCCAAUGUUAUGUGCCCAGAUUCAGGUGAUGAAGCAGUUAUGGCACAGGCAGUCGAAUGGCUCCAGAAAGCAGCUGCUCAGGGCGAUGCACUCGCACUCAACCGGCUUGGGACAUGCUACGCAAGAGCGGAGGGGAUUGCUAAAGAUGAUGUUGCGGCGGCUGAUUGUUACCGUAAAGCAGCAAAUCAGGGAAACCCAGAUGCACAGUGUAAUUUGGGGUACCUUUACUUCCAUGGAAUCGGCGUGUCAAAGAACGAGGGAGAAGGUGUCAAAUGGUACAGGAAAGCAGCUGACCAGGGUGAUGCGAGAGCACAAGCCCACCUUGGAUUCUGUUAUGAGAGGGGUGCUGGUAUUGAGAAGGAUGACCUGCAGGCGGUUAAGUGGUAUCGCCAAUCGGCCGACCAGGGAUACGUGCAGGCUGAGCAUAACAUGGGUUGGUGUUACGAGCGUGGAAUCGGUGUUCCCCAGGAUUACUCGGAGGCUGUGAAAUGGUACACAAAGGCUGCUACUCAUGGCUUCCCGAACUCCCAGAGCAAUCUGGGGACGUGUUAUCGAGAUGGUCUUGGUGUUGGGAAAGACCUCGAGAAGGCGGAGGAAUGGUUCCGAAAAGCGGCGUUGAAGGGAGUUUGUGGAGCCCAACGGAACCUGGGAUUCCUGCUGCACGACAAAGCGAAGGGUGAGAAUAAUGCGGAUGGUCUUAACGAAGCUGUAGAAUGGCUGUCAAAGGCUGCUGAACAGGGCGAUGCUUUGGCUCAGAACAAGUUGGGAGUGUGCUAUGCCAAGGGCGAGGGUGUAGAGAAGGAUGAAUCAAAGGCUGCAGAAAGCUACCGUAAAGCGGCAGAUCAGGGAAAUGCGCAUGCCCAGUGGAAUCUAGGUUGCCUCUACUUUGAGGGGAAGGGAGUGGAGCAUGACGUUACGGAAGCGGUUGCAUGGUUCACGAAAGCUGCAGACCAGAAUGAUCCGAGGGCACAAACUCAUUUGGGCUAUUGUUAUGAAAGAGGGGUUGGAGUAGAGAAGAACGAGAAUAUGGCAGCCGAGAUUUACCGGAAAGCGGCAGAACUGGGGCAUGCGCAUGGGCAGCAUAACCUUGCUUGCUGCCUCCAGCAUGGGCGUGGGGCAGAGAAGAAUGAGGAGGAGGCUGUGAGCUGGUAUUCCAAAGCUGCUGAACAAGGUCUAGCUGAUUCCCAAUGCAACUUGGGAGUGCUUUAUAGAGAGGGCAAAGGUGUGCCAGCCGAUGCAGCAAAGGCGGAGGAAAUGUUUGUCAAGGGCGCUGUGCAGGGACACAAAGGGGCUCAGCGGAACCUCGGUCUGUUGCUCUACGACAAAGCUAAGGGUGUCAUCCAAGGUGUGGAUGCAGAUGCGUCGUUGCUGGAGAAUGCAGUUGAAUGGCUGUCGAAGGCAGCGUCCCAAGGCGAUUCCUUGGCUCAGAGUCAGCUCGGUGUGUGUUACGCACGGGGUGAGGGCAUUAGCAAGGAUGAGGUGAAGGCUGCGGAAUGGUGUGCAAAGGCAGCUAAACUGGGAAAUGCCAAUGCGCAGUGGAAUCUGGGUUGUCUUUAUUACGAGGGAAAGGGUGUGGACAAGAGUGUGGAGCGUGCGGCUGAGUUGUAUAGAUCGGCGGCAUUGCAAAAUGAUGCCAGGGCACAGAACCGGUUGGGGUAUUGCUAUGAGAAGGGCGAAGGGGUACCGAAGGAUGAUGUUGAGGCGGCCAAGUGGUAUCGCAUGGCUGCGGAGCAGGGAUGCGCCAAUGCGCAACACAAUCUGGGUGGCUGUUACGAGCGAGCUAUUGGGCUCGAAAAGGAUCUUCCGGAAGCCGCAGCGUGGUACAGGAAGGCAGCAAUGCAGGGUCAUGCAGAUGCGCAACACCAAUUAGGGCUGUGCUACCGUGACGGCAAGGGUGUCGAGAAGGACCUGGACGAAGCGGAGGAAUGGUUCCAGAAGGCAGCAGAGCAGCAACACAAGGCAGCGCAGAGGAAUCUCGGUCUGCUGCUGUACCAGAAGGCCGUGAUGGCAGACUGAAAUGACAACAAAAAACGGGCUUGAAAAAGUCCUUGGUACAUAUUAGGGAUUCAGAUUUCAUUGGUCAAUCACAGAGGAGCCUGGGGGACAGGUCUUCAACUGCUACGAAAGGGGCAAGAAAUGCUCCAAAGAGAGAAGAUAUUAGUCAUAGUUGUCCAUGCUGUGUGGUGGUGGGUUGAAGUGUUAUAUUGUCAGUAGUACUGCAUGAAAACUACCAAAUGCGAUCGUGCAUGCAUAACAUCUGUUAACCCUGGGCAUAACUUUCUGCUAUCAUUCCAUCUCCUGACGUGAUGGGCAGGUAUGGUUUCUCGAGGAAGAAAUGAAAGGCGGGCGGUGAAUUUCAUCUAUGCCCUGGGCAUAACUUUGUGCCAGUGCCGCUAUCCCAGGUGUGGAUUGCAUCUACAGCUCUCGACCAGUUUGUAUCGACUCAAGUUGGCUGAUGUUCUGCUGCUUGAUGGGUCUUUUCCCCGACGUUAACCUCCUCCUCCUGAUGCUGCUGCCGCUGCUGCUGCUGCUCGGUCCAAGUCGCUCGGCAUACCACGCCAGUUUGGUUGGUUGACAAGUCUUCCCACUGCAAGGAGCAGUGAACCUUGUCUCUCUCAUCACUCCCCCCAUCGCAAUGCCAGGUGUGAAUUGUAUGGAUGCCACACCUGCUGGCGAUGAAGGUGGGUGGGUAUGUUUUUCCUCUGGAUUUCUGGUUUCGGAAUGCUUCAAUGUAAUCGUGGAAGAUGAGUAUACCGGGUUUUGACUACCAAGGAAGUUGUGCAUUGCAUCUCGAGGACUUGGAUGACCAUCCCGUAUUGUGUAGAGGCUAAUGGCACAGGCCUGUGUGGCAAGAUGACCUUUUGGUGGCUGGUUUCCCAAAAAUGAAGUUGAUUCUUUUUGCAGUGCUCUGAGAUGUGCACUGAAGCAGCGCAGGAACGAUAAGCAGGUUGUUUUUCUUUUUGUAGUGCGCGGGGAUGUGCACUGAAGCAGACGCAGGAAUAUGACGAGAAGGUUGGCGUUGACGGCGUCAAGGGGGACGUGUUGUCGGUGCAAUCAUAUGACAUACUGAGAUGGAAUACUCACACUAUGUGGCCGCAUUCACGGCCGUACCUGGACGUAUCUGGCCGGAAUUCCGUGCAGGACUACGUAAAAAGAGCGUUGUCGUAUGAGUAUGCUGUGAGAGGGCUGGCUGGUAGCCAUAUUUGUGUUCACUGCUCGCAAUGUCAAUUGCGUCUGUGUGAGUAAUGAUGCAAACGGAGUGAACCCAAGCCACCAGUUGUGGAGGCAAUCGUACAGCAAGCCAAAGGAGAUUAGCAGAAGAUACUAGAUAAGUAUAGACUAAGUGAAAUUCAGAGGACGAGCCCUCAAUGGACCCAUUUAGCUCAUUCAUUUUCAUAUGCGUCAAUCAUCAGUACGUUUCCCAUCUGCAAACGGAGUGAACCCAAGCCACCAGUUGUGGAGGCAAUCGUACAGCAAGCCAAAGGAGAUUAGCAGAAGAUACUAGAUAAGUAUAAACUAAGUGAAAUUCAGAGGACGAGCCCUCAAUGGACCCAUUUAGCUCAUUCAUUUUCAUAUGCGUCAAUCAUCAGUACGUUUCCCAUCUGUUUUUCUCCGAGAGGGUGGUUAGGGCGUUCGAAAAUCGUGGGUAGGUGGGUUGGGCCUACUGGACGAAGUCACGAAGAGGGGUGGCGGAGCCAGGCAAAUCACGUGCCGUGUUGAGUUUGGCUGCAAUUGGCGCUUUGUUAACCAUUUGUCUAUAGUGAUGGAAUUUGCGUUCGUCAUAGGUUAAUUGCUAUUGUUGAGUACACCCUUGGGGUCAUUGAAGGUUCUAAUAGUGUAUGGAUGGAUUUCUCGAGAGUAGGGUAGUAGUGUAGGGCAUUGGGGGAGGGGGGGGGGGGGGGGGGGGGGGGGGGGGGGGGGGGGGGUGGGGGGUUGUAGUGGGAAGAGGAGGGGCGCAAGAGAACGCACAGGAGGAUAUAUAGGCCAGAUUGAUAUCGAGCUUGUUUGAGCAUUGCCAGCUGUAAGUACCGGAUUUGGAGCAGCGUGAAAUCCCUCUUCAUUACUCGUAGCAUUCCCUCCUGUUUUUCUUGAAAUUUCAAAUGUGUAUGGGUGUCAGGAUGUAGGAAUAAAAAGCACCUUGUGUGUCGUACCUCUACCAUUUGGAAACUCGUUCAUUCAAAGUUGCUAUGCACGGGUUGGGCGUUCCCGCUCAGUCCACGUAAUUGCUAUAUCGUGUGCCGCCGCGUCUCUCAAAUAGCAUUCUAGCGAGGAUUAGAGUGGAGCAGAGGUUCUGCAUAGGCUGCAUCAGCUGCGAGCGAGUAGCAAUUGCAUCCUCGUGCUAUUGUUGAAGGGAUCUCUGAUCUACCGUCGUCCAUGUCUUUUUUUGAUACAGCAUGGACAACCCCGUCCUCGGUCUCAAGCUCUUGAUUUUGCGCUUGGUCGCUUCACUUUAAUAGGCGCCUUUUCUGGCAUGCAGACCGAUGUGACCUGCAGCCUGCUUGGCUCUGUUACAUCUCCCGUGGGUUGCGCUGGUUUGCGCUGUUUGCUUUCUCCCUCUUGCCCCUGCUGCUGGUUAGCCGUUAUUGUUGCUUGCCGAUGCAUGGCUGGCUGCACUUGCCAGGUCGCUCUCGAGUUUUGCUGCCUAUUUGCCUGACUGAUCACCACGGCCGAUGUAGGCUGUGUUGGGACUGCCGGUUUCUUAUGGCAGCAUUGGCUUCUGCAGUAGUCCGUUUAAAUUCCCGAUGCGAAGGAAUCGUUCUACAUCCCCGUAAAGUAGCUAGCUGUUCCGGAGAAUCAACGCGGUUCUGAAGAAGGGAUGUUCCGGUUUUGUUGCAACAUUUCGUCCCGGCCUUUCGAUUUCCAUGAUGAUGGGGAUGAUGGCCAAAAGUCGGGGCUGACACAAGGCGCAGGCCAUUUGCCACUGUUACCAGUGCUGUGGUAUCUCGAGCUGGAUUACUAGGUUACUUUGUGUUUUUGUUAGUGACAAUCUCAGUCCAUUUGCCAUAUGGAUCGGCUGAAGAAGAAGAAGAAGAAGACGGAAAAGAGCGCACUUUGCCUGUCGUUGCCUGCUUUCCUGAUUGUUUCGUGUGGUAGCAACAUUUUUUUGUGACGUUUACACAGUCUAGGUACUAGUGUUUUGUUUAGCCUCUCGAAUGU